UACUAUAUCUAGAUAAACAGUGUGGCUGAGCCUGUGGCUCUCUCUGCAAGCUCCACUCUCAGCUCACUUCUUGGAGGUUCUCACACUUCAUGCUGCAGUCAGGAGCUCAACAGAGUCCAGCAUGAUUCUUCUCACUGUGCUGUUCCUUUGCAUCAUUUCCACCUACUCAGCCUCUGUUAAAGGGCACACUACUGGGCCAAGCCUAAAUAAUGACAAGCUAUAUAAGUUUGCUUACUCAGCUGAAGUCUAUGUUGAUCGGGUGAAAGCAUCACUGCAGAGAAGUGCAGGAUAUCGGAUUUCUUCUGGUGUGGAUGUCAACCUCUUAUGGAGAAAUCCUGACAAUGAUGAUGACCAGCUGGUCAAAAUUACGAUGAAGGAUGUUCAGGUUGAAAACGUGAAUGAACGUGCAGCUGCUAAAAACAUAUUCAAAGGAAAAAGCACGGAGAAGAUCAUCGGGAAAGAGUAUCUGGAGGCUUUACAGAGGCCCAUAUUGAUUGAGCUAGUCCGUGGAAAAGUCAAAACCUUCUACUCAUAUCAAAAUGAACCUGGUUUUACUCAGAACAUUAAGAGAGGUCUGGCUAGCCUUUUCCAGCUACAGCUGCACUCUGGCUCUUCUCGUGAGGUGGACAUUUCUGGGAAAUGCAGUACUACUUACCAUGUGCGGCAAGAUCAAGUGACUAAAAUAAAAGACCUGGACUCCUGUGAAAUAGAAAAGAAAAGAUUUACCAGCCACAGCCGGAUCUUGGAUGUCAGUACAAAAGCCACAUCUGCUACAGUUUAUGUGCUGGAAGACAGUUUCAUUAAAUCCAUUAAGGCAGAAGAAAAUUUCGCUUUUGUUGUGAAUUACCGACGAAAAACAGGUGCCAAAAUAGUUUCAAAGCAGAGGCUGGAACUGAAGUCAGUCCAAGCUGGGAUGGGACUGAUCGCUGCAAAGCAAGUCGCUGGUGUGAUCAAGACCUUGGACCCCAAAUAUGUUGCUGUGCCCCUGGAAGCAGAGCCAGUGAAAUCUGAAUGCAAAAAGUGCCCUUCACUUUCUGAGCACUGGCAGAGCAUCAGAGAACAAAUGCAUCCUGACAAAAUUUCCAAACCUGAAGCAGCAAAAAGCUUUUUGUCCUUCAUUCAGAACAUCAGAAAAGCUACAAAAGAGGAGAUACUUAAAAUUAUUAAAAGUGAAAAUAAAGAAUAUCUUCCACAGGUGGUGGAUGCUGUAACCUCAGCUCAGACACCAGAAUCACUGGAAGCUGUACUGGAGUUUCUUGACUUUAAGGAUGCAAGCACUUUUAUCCUGCAGGAGCGGUUCCUGUAUGCCUGUGGAUUUGCUUCUCGCCCCAGUGAAACGCUCCUGAAAUCGUUAACUGAGAAGUUCAAGGGGGAUGUUGCCAGUCAAGAAAUCAGAGAAACUCUUGUCAUUGUCAUGGGAGCGCUCAUUAGAAAGCUGUGUGACAGGGAAGGCUGCAAGCUGCCAGCUGUUGUGGAAGCCAAAAGGUUGAUUCUAAAUAGACUGGAGAAGGCCAAGAAAGACGACAAUGUGCAGAUGUACCUGCUGGCACUGAAGAACGCGCUUCUUCCCGAAGCAAUUCCAGUACUCCUGAAGUAUGCUGAGUCAGGAGAAGGGCCCAUUAGCAGCCUUGCUGCCACUGUCUUGCAGAGAUACGAUCCCUCUUUUCUCACCAAAGAGGUGAAGGAAACAAUGAACAGGAUAUACCACCAGACUCGCAAAGUCCAUGAAAAGACAGUGAGAACCACAGCAGCUGCCAUCAUCUUAAACAGUAACCCAUCCUACAUGGAAGUGAAAAACAUCCUGCUCUCCAUUGGGGAACUGCCUAUGGAAAUGAACAAGUACAUGCUCUCCAUGAUCCAAGAUAUACUGCGCUUUGAAAUGCCUGCAAGCAAAACAGUUCGGCAAGUUCUGAAGGACAUGCGUGCCCAUAACUACGAUCGCUUCUCCAAGAUGGGCUCUUCCUCUGCCUACACUGGAUAUAUCACUCGUGGUCCUGAUGUGUCAUCCACAUACAGCCUCGACAUCCUCUACUCUGGCUCUGGCAUUUUACGGAGAAGUAACAUGAACAUCCGUGUUUUCGACAGAAGCACUGAACUUCAUGCCAUCCAGGUGGUUCUCGAAGCUCAGGGCCUGGAGUCCAUAAUAGCUGCAACUCCUGAUGAAGGCGAGGAAAACCUGGACUCCUUUGCUGGCAUGUCAGCCAUUCUGUUUGAUUUCCAGCUCAGGCCAGUGACAUUUUUCCAAGGGUAUGGUGAUCUAAUGUCCAAAAUGCUCUCAGCAACUGGAGAUCCCAUGAAUGUGGUGAAAGGACUUGUCCUCCUCACAGAUUUCUUACAGGAGAUCCAGCUGCAGUCUGGGCCCACAGCCAGUGCAGAGUUCCUGGGUGGACUGGCCAUCGACAUCUCCGGAGGGAUGGAGUUCAGCCUGUGGUACCGCGAAUCCAAAACCAACGUCAAGAACCGGGUAGCCAUAUUUAUAGCUGGUAACACCGAGGUGGAUUCCUUCUUUGUAAAAACUGGUAUGGAAACCACUUUGGAAACAGAAACAGCUUUAGACUUCAUCUCCACGGUGCAGUUUUCACAGUACCCAUUUUUGGUCUGUAUGCAGAUGGAUAGAGUGGACUCUCCAUUCAGGACUCACACGAGCAAGUACGAGAGCCUGCCCUCUGGCAGGCGCUACACUGCCAGCAGCGGGAGGGCAGCCACGCUGGCAGGGAACGAAUACCCUCUCCACCAGGAAAACUCCAACAUGUGCAAGAAGGUGUUCGGCGCGAAGUCUGACUCCGCUGGCAGCUGGUUUUGAAAGCAGCACCUGGGAUCCUGCUUUCCUGAAUCCCUCAAUGACUUAGGCCUGCACACACUUUACCAACAUGGAGCUUGACCUUGCACUGCUGCAUUAAUGGGAAAUUUGCCAUUGAUUUCAACGGGCCAGGAUCAAACUCUCAGUGCGUGCACAGUGUUUACAUAUUAACCUAUAUUUAAAACUUUUGUAAAAAAAAACCCUAAGGCAAAUAAAGACCAAUUUGGUAGCAUUCUGUGCACUCCCGUUAGGGUGGUGCCCAUUUUUCAUUUUUACUUUUUUGUGCCAAAAGCAAAAGUAAUCCUUCUUUUUUUUUUUUUUUUUCUUGGGGAAUACAGAAGUCUGUGUUUUUGAUGUCUGGGAAGAACAAUUAUGUAUAAAGAAUGAUUAUUUAUAAAUGUAUUUUAAAGUAUUUCAGUGUUUUAGGCCUAUGGCCAAUCCCUGUAGAAAUAUUCAAGUACAAUUAACAUCCAGAUAGGAUCAU